AGGAGUCUCUCAUCAAAUACCUUGUCCUAACGUGAGUGAAUGUGUGCAUGGUUGUACGUGUGUAGGUAACCGGGAAGGUUUCUGACUAUCUGACCUCACCCUUGCUGGAGCAGUAUAUUUAACCUUUGGCCACCAUGGGUAGGACACCCCACAGAGACCAAAGAGAUGAAAAAAAGGAGAGGAGAAGCGGCGUCACGGCAGGCUCAGCUCUGGACAAAUCUAAUGAACCAUUCAGUUGGGAGGAGUACCUAAAGGAGACAUCGUCUGUUGCCGCCUCACCAAAUUGCUUCAGACAGGCCAGGUUGCCUCCUUCCAAUGACUUCAAGGCAGGGAUGAAACUUGAGGCUCGUGACCCCCGCAACUCUAACUCUGUGUGUAUUGCAACGGUAAUGGGCAUGAUGGGAACUCGUCUGCGCCUGCGUCUGGAUGGCAGUGACAAUACCAAUGACUUCUGGCGACUAGUUGACUCAUCCGACAUCCAACCGAUUGGGACCUGUGAGAGAAACGGAGAUAUGUUACAACCACCCUUGGGUUUCAGGAUGAACGCCUCUUCCUGGCCUAUGUUCCUCUUGAGGACACUGAGUGGAGCAGAGAUGGCCCCUGCCUGCGCUUUUAAAAAGGAACCAGCCAGUCCUGCUAAAAACCACUUCCAACCUGGUAUGAAGCUGGAGGCAGUAGACAGGAAAAACCCCUACCUUAUCUGUCCGGCCACAGUGGGAGAGGUCAGAGGUCAGGAGAUUUUUGUCAUGUUUGACGGCUGGCGGGGCGCUUUUGACUAUUGGUGCCCCUUCGACUCCAGAGACAUUUUUCCUGUUGGCUGGUGUUCCCUGACCAAACACAGCCUGCAACCACCUGGAAACUUCUUUACACUCCCUGGUGCACUCCUUGCCCCCAUCUCCUCCUCAUCGACCUCACUUCCCACGCGACGCUCCUCUUCCACCUCCUCCUCCAUGCAGACCUCAUACCGCCUCCCCAACCCUUUGCCCCCGCUCCCCGUACGCAAAGGAGUCCGGGGUCGUCGGCCCAAAUCGCAGACCAUUGCCUUAUUGAAAGCUGCGGCUGAGGCUGCAGCAGCAGCAGCAGUAAAUGGGGCAUCACAGAGUCCUGCCCGAAUCAGCUCUGGGGCCCAACUGGCCCCCAGACCACACAAGAAGAGAGGGCCCAAACCUGGAAGCAAGAGGAAACCGCGGAUGACACAAUCCUUGGGUACAUCAUCAGUUACAACCUCUCCCCCGGAGACCAGGCUGAGCUUCAGCCAUACCACAGCAGACAAUAACCACAGCAAUGGCCCAAACGUAGUUUGCACAGUUUGCGUCUAUGUGAACAAGCACGGUGAGUAUGGCCCUCAUCUGGAUCGUAAACUAGUGCAGCAGCUCCCAGACCACUUCGGCCCAGCACCGGUCAAUGCCGUGCUCCAGCAGUCUGUCCAGGCUUGUGUGGACUGCACCUACCAGCCCUCAGUGCUCCUGCCUUUCCUACAGAGCCAGGGCCACACAGGGGGAGAGGUCAUUAGAGUGCGGUCAGAACAUGGUAUCCGUUACAUGAAGCUGCCCUCUGCCUCCAGUGCCUCCUCUGUGCUUCGGUUCUUAGAGACGAUGUGCCAGCAUCUCCAGAGUGACAGCUUGUUCAGCUCCCAGCCAUUCAGUCCAUACAGUAAUACACAUCUCUAUGAGAGGACCAAGACAGAACCACUGCCCCAUGGUGAGAAUGGCCUUUCCAAUGAGGACUCCAAAACUGACCAGAUCCACAGUGCCCGCUCCCUACGUACCACAUCAGACUCCCGUGUGUCACAGACAGAGCGGCCAUAUUACUCGGGACACACACGCACAUUCCCAACUGCACGAGCAGUCAACCCCAACCCAUCAGAAAUGCGCUCAAUACGCACACACCGACGAGUGGAGGCCGCGAGCUCAACAACAGGCCCAGAUCAUGUGACACAGGACAGAGAAGGUUCAGGCCAUGUCGCCUCUUCCUGGUCAGUUGAUGAUGUCAUACGAUUUGUGCAAGGGGCUGAUCCACAAACCCUUGGCCCACACGUCGAACUGUUCAGGAAACAUGAGAUUGAUGGCAAGGCUCUGAUGCUGCUGCGGAGUGAUGUCAUCAUGAAGUACAUGGGAUUGAAGCUGGGCCCAGCGCUCAAACUAUGUCACCAUAUUGAAAAGUUGAAACAGACUAAACAAUAGGGGAUGACCAUACAUUGCCAACCCACCCCCAUUCAACACACACAUGCACACAAACACACUGUGGGGGAUUGCAGCUCAUCCAACCUGGCUGUUCAAGUGCUGGUAUCAGUGGCUAGGGUACCCCACCAUCAGAGAAUUUCACGACAGAUGCGUAU